CCAUGGGCGACAUGUCCCGCAGCCUCCGUCCCCGACCCUGUUCAAAAGGGCGCACCCCCGCCCAAGGUGGUGCCCUGCCAUCUUCGCCCCGCCGUUUCCUCCUUCACCAGCGAUCACCAGCCUUCUCCUCUGCCUCGCCAUGAGCUCCAUUACCAAGACCACGCGAGCUGCCCCUGCUGCCGCCCCCCGAGCCAGGAAGAGGCGCGCUACUGCCCCAACCUUAGUCCAGCCCGUCAACGACUCGAUCCCGUUCGAUCCUCCCGUCGAUGCCGAAAUUCCCGUCAUUGUUAGCCACGAAGUGUCUGAUGAAGCUGCAGUCGCCGCCCCAGCUCGCCUCGAGCUUGAGCCCAUCAUCAACCCGAGUACUUCUCAUCUUCCCGUCGCUGCCGAGGUGAUUGAAACCACGAGUCUCGAAAUGGAUGAUCCGAUCUAUACACCCGGCUUUGAACUAGCCGAUUCUAGUGUCGCUGAUCCAGUUCAAGUGCACCAACUCUCAAGAGUGCGCGCCCGAAGGAUCAAGGCGAUCCCAGAGGGAACCAAGGUCUUCAACGGACACCCGCUUCUAGAUCCUUAUCCCGACGACAUGCUCCCCCUCCGUGAUCCUGACAGCACACAGCCUUUUGAACCGGUCAUUGUACUGGAUUCGAGUGCUCGUAUCCUCCAAGAUUCCCCUCUCGGUGUAAUCAGUACCGUGAAGCUCCGAGAUGGUCGUUUGUUAUCUGAUGCUCGUGAGGCCAUCGCAUUGACUGAUGAUAAGCUUCAUUUCAAUGGCUAUGCAGCAAAUAGGACCAAAGAAGCCAAGAAUGAAGCCCACUCCAUUGCAGUCAAGUGGUCCAAUACCCUCAAGACUAUCCCAGCCGUUUUUGUCAAAUUCAAAGGAGUCCGAAAUGUUCUUCCAUUCGUCGAUGCUGAUGGCUUGCUGGAUAUUGUGGAUAAAGGGUUUGGAUCUCUCUCCGAAGAAGAGAAAAAACGACAAAGAACUAUAGUCAAAGCCGUUUACGGAUCGGACAACCAAAAGAUCGGUGACAUUCGCAAAGAGAUUGAGUUUGAGAAUCGUCGUGGGGAUGACGGUAAUCAGAAUCAGAUCUUCGUCGAGUCUGUUGCGUUUCACCGUCGUCGCAAAUAAACAUACCAUUUUCUUCGAUGA